CUUAACGAGCGAUGAUCCGAAAGAUGUCAAAGCAGCUUUAUACAGUAUCAGUGCUACAACUGAUUAAAGUGCUUGGCCUUACACGGCCGGCCAAAAGACUAUCUGCUUUUCGAGAAUUGUGCCUCAGCAGGUCAGCUCUUUCUUAUAACCCCUUCGUUCUACACGCAUAUCAUCACGGGACUCACUGGUUUGCCUGCACCUUUUAAACGCUCCACAGUCGUUUAAACGGAUCGGCUUUUCUGUGAGUGUGGAGUGUGGAGGAGAUGGACAGAACUCAGCAGUCGGACACACCCAGCCUGAUCCUCAAACUGUAUGUGAUUUUCCUUUUAGCCCACUGGAGGGGGCUGCUUCACGCCCUUUGGUCCACCUGUUUUUUUUUGCACUGCCCUCUUCCUGUAGUAAAAAUUCGGAUAGGUCCACCAGUGUCAUGUACGCCAGAUGACUGAUUUGGGAGUGUCGUCCUGUUAUAUACACACAGUGUUUUAUUUUUACUGCUUCAUAACUUUGUCAUUGGGUGAACGCUUGGCUCCCGCCCGAACUUUGCGAAAAAAAAGAGGAACUUGACGGACACAUCCAUCCGGGCAAUCAAAGGCAUCUCCUCCCUGGAAACGAAAAGACAGAACAAAGUAACGAGAUGAAGGCCUCGUACACUCUCUGUCUGGUGGUCCAGAUUCUGCACUUCAUUCCAUGUUUGAUGUCCACCGUGGAGCCCAAUGUAAAUGCGACCACUGGAUCAAAUGUGUUAUUGAUGUUUAAGUUCUCCUCGAGUGGUGGAGCAAAGAUCAUCCAAGCUGAAUGGUCACUGGAAGGAAGGAUGGUUUAUCUAGCUAAUACUACCAGUGUUGACCUUAAAACCCAAGAUGAGCAAUUCAAAGGAAGAGUAAAAGUCUUCCAAACUGAAAUGACAAAUGGAAAUAUGUCAUUGGUACUGGAAAAAGUAACAAAAGCAGACAGCGGAAAAUAUGAGUGCAAAGUCUCGACCUACAGAGAUCCAGUGAAGACAGAAACCAUUCAUUUGAACGUCUUCAAUGGAGGAAAUCUGCUUGGUGUGAACGCGAUGGUGGUUGCUGUGGCUCUGAGAUUCAGCCUGCUGUAUUCAUAAGCUGUAUUUAUCCCCUCUGCUCGUGUUACACAUCUCUGUUGCCUGCUGAUUGUCUGCUAUGAAGAUGGGCGUUCAGCACGGAUUGUAUUGUACAUCACAUUCAUCCAUAUUGCUUAUUCCAAAUUUAAUAUCCAUCCAUUACUCUACUUAAAGCUUGUGGGCAGAUCAAGAAAAAAAUCCUGGACAUAAUGUUAGUCCACCUCAGGGCACACAUCGAAAACUCACCUAUGAACGAGGAACAUAUUAGAGCUCACCAUCAGUUAAACCAUUGUGACUAUGAGAUAAAGGAUAGCAACUAGAAGAAAAAGACAUCUCAUGGGCACAAGGGAACACAAGGGACUCUAGGUUGGAACCCAAACACCUGAUGCUAUGAGGGAAAAUUGGUAACGCCUGUACCGCCAUAUCAUCUACAGGCCAAUAGAAUAGACUAGAAAAUAAUGAUUGUGAUGAGGGCAGCUCUUUGCACCACCUCCACCCCACCACAGAACAUAAGAACAUUCAUAAGGAGACCAUUCAGUCCAUCAAGCCCAUUUGUUUAGCCAAUAGCUAAGCUGUCCCAAUAUCUCAUGCAGAUUCUUCUUAAAGGUUGACCAGGUUUCUGUUUCAACUCCAUGUCUCGGUAGUUUGUUCCAGAAUUCCAAAACUAUUUGUGUAAAGAGGUGCUUCCUGGCUUCAGAUCUAUAUGUACAGGUGCUUCCCCUUCAUUUCCACUGAUGUCCUCGAGUAUGCAAUUCACCCUUAAGUUAAAAGAAUUCUUCUGCAUCUACUUUAUUAAUGCCUAUGAGGAUUUUAAAUACCUGGAUGAGGUCCCCACACAGUCUCCUCUGCUCGAGACUAUUCAGGUUUCAUUCUCUGUGUCUUUCACAGUAAGACAUCCCCUUAAGUUCUGGGAUUCACCUUUGGUUGCUCUCAUUUGUACAGCUUCAGGUGCUGCUAUGUCUUUCUUGUACUGUGGAGACCAGGGACCACAUGUAUAAAUUGUGCGUACGCACAAAAAUGUUGUGUAAGCCCGUUUCCACACUCAAAUCGUGAUGUAUAAAACUUAAACUUGGCGUAAAGCCACACACACUUUCAUGAUAGCUAAAAUCCUGGAGUAUGCAAGUUCACCGCUCGGUUUUGCAAAGUGGUGGCACCCAGCGUCAAAGCAGUGCUACUGUUCCAGUGUGGUUCCCUUUCUUUUUU